GAGUAUUCACCACCAUUAUAAAUAUGCCAUAGACAGCAAAGUCUUUCUCCAUUCUCCUACACAUCCAAUCCACUACCUGCCAAAGGACAUUCACAUGUCUUUGUCUGUUGUAACUUGUGAAUAGAAAUAGCUCCUCCAUCCUUUGCUUCCACUUGGUUCUCCACAAACUGUGCACUACUCAUUAUCCACACCACAUGCACAUGAUUUUUCACCUACGAAUCAUCAAGAACUAGCCAUUGGUUUGUUCAAGCUUAGAGGAAGUAUAUAUUUUCUUUAAUUUCUCCCUGAUUUUAGUUGUUUUGAUGGAUUCAGCAAUUCUCUUUGUAGUUUCUUGCUUGUUAGCUCUGUCACUGCCCUCAGAAGUUGAACCAAGAAAAGUUAAUCCUCAAAUUACUGUAAUGGGUAUUGUUUACUGUGACACCUGCUCCAACAACACCUUCUCCAGGCACAGCUACUUCUUACCAGGUGCGGAAGUUAGAAUAGACUGUAAAUUCAAAGCAAUUUCUCCAAGAACCAUAGAAGAGAUUGAAUUCUCGGUCAACAGAACUACGGAUAAACAUGGAGUCUAUAAGUUGGAAAUACCGUCGGUCGAUGGAAUUGAAUGCGCGAGAGAUGAAGCGAUCGAGUCCUCCUGCAGGGCAAGCUUGAUGUGGAGCACAUCUUCUUUGUGCAAUGUUCCUGGUUACAGAACCACAUCCGGUGAGAUCGCGGUAAAAUCAAGACGAGCCAAUCUCUGUAUUUACAGUUUAAGUGCACUAAAUUAUAGACCAUCCAGGAGAGAAAAUUGGUUAUGUUAAAUCUAGGAAAGUGUACUUCUCCCCGUUAUGCUAAUGCUUAUUUGCUGCCUUUAAAUUUGUUA